AUGCUUCCAUUAACUGGAAAAACAAUCAUUUUUGAUAACUUUCCUGAUCCUUCCGAUACAUGGGAAAUCACCGAAACAAUCGGCAAAGGAACUUAUGGGAAAGUUUUUAAAGUGUUGAAUAAGAAAAAUGGCCAAAAAGCAGCAGUCAAAAUUCUGGACCCAAUUCAUGAUAUUGAUGAAGAGAUUGAAGCAGAGUAUAACAUCUUAAAAGCUCUUUCUGACCAUCCUAAUGUGGUCAGAUUCUACGGGAUGUACUUCAAGAAGGAUAAGAUAAAUGGAGAUAAGCUUUGGUUGGUUCUUGAGCUGUGCAACGGAGGAUCAGUGACUGAUCUUGUGAAAGGAUUUCUGAAAAGGGGUAAAAGAAUGAAUGAGCCAAUAAUUGCCUAUAUUUUACGUGAAGCACUAAUGGGUCUUCAACAUUUGCAUAACAACAAAACUAUCCAUCGUGAUGUAAAAGGAAAUAACAUCCUGUUGACUACCGAAGGUGGAGUUAAACUUGUAGAUUUUGGUGUGUCUGCACAGCUCACCGGCACCUGGCACCGUCGGAACACCUCCGUAGGAACACCAUUUUGGAUGGCUCCUGAGGUGAUUGCAUGUGAACAACAAUUGGAUACCACUUAUGAUGCCCGGUGUGAUACAUGGUCCCUGGGGAUCACAGCCAUCGAGCUGGGAGAUGGAGAUCCUCCACUGGCCGACCUGCAUCCCAUGCGAGCCCUCUUCAAAAUACCGAGGAAUCCACCCCCCAGACUAAGGCAGCCUGAGAUCUGGUCAGCAGAGUUCAAUGAUUUCAUUAGCAAGUGCUUAACUAAAGAUUAUGAAAAACGUCCAACAGUGUCAGAUCUUCUGCAGCACAAAUUCAUCACUCAAAUCGAGGGCAAAGAUGUGAUGUUACAAAAACAGCUCAUGGAAUUCAUUGACAAUUAUCAAUGCAUGGGAGGUGCAGAAAAGGCCAGACAUGAACGUAUUCACACCAAGAAAAGUAACUUCAGCAGACCUUUAAUUUCCAAUCUGAAGGAUGUAGAUGAUUUAGCAACCCUAGAAGUUUUGGAUGAGAAUACAGUCUCUGAACAGCUUGAGAAGUAUUAUUCCAGAGAUCAGAUUUAUAUCUAUGUGGGAGACAUACUCAUUGCUCUUAACCCUUUCCAGAGUCUGGGUCUUUAUUCCACAGAGCAUUCCAAACUAUAUAUUGGAGCAAAGAGAACUGCCAACCCUCCUCACAUUUUUGCGGUGGCUGACUUAGGCUACCAGUCUAUGGUAACAUAUAAUUCGGAUCAGUGCAUUGUUAUUUCCGGAGAAAGUGGUGCUGGGAAGACUGAAAGUGCUCAUCUUUUAGUUCAGCAGCUGACAGUGCUUGGAAAGGCUAAUAACAUAACCCUUCAAGAGAAGAUUUUACAAGUAAACAAUUUGGUGGAAGCCUUUGGAAAUGCCUGCACUAUUAUAAAUAAAAAUUCCAGCCGAUUUGGAAAAUAUUUAGAAAUGAAAUUUUCCUCUUCUGGAGCUGUAGUGGGAGCACAGAUUUAUGAAUACCUUCUGGAGAAAUCCCGAGUUAUCCACCAAGCCCUUGGAGAAAAAAACUUCCAUGUUUUUUACUAUAUCUAUGCUGGUUUAGCUGAAAAGAAGAAACUGGCCCAUUACAAACUAUCUGAAAAUAAGCCUCCCAGUUAAUUCAGCAAAUACCUACAAAAUGACCACCUCAGAACAGUAUAAGACAUGACAAAUAAUGGUGUCUAUAAAUCUUAGUAUGAAUUAAUUGAGCAAUGCUUCAAAGUCAUAGGUUUCACAAUGGAGCAAUUUGGAAGUGUAUACAGUAUACUUGCUGCCAUCUUGAAUGUUGGAAACAUUGGAUUUUUCUCUGUGGCAACUGAACACCAGAUUGACAAAAGCCACAUUUUCAAUCUUGCUGCCCUGGAGAACUCCUGGUACAGCGCUUCCACAACCAUGUGGAAUGAGACUGGCAUGUCUCCUCCAGACGUGCUGUCUUCGCUGCCAGACUGCCUUGGGCCACUGAAAGCUUGCUUGGCAUCUCCUCCGGCCAUGCUUGUGACCUGA